UUAUUAAUCAUGCUAAUAGUGACGAGUUCGGAUGAUUCAUUUUCGUCUGUAUCUUUCGAAAGAACACGAUAUGUUUGGCACUAAAUACUAUUGAUAUAAUUUAUACGAGCAUAACAUUGGACAUAAACUGUUUUGUACAUAAAUCAAGCUUGGCUUGGCUCUAGUUUGUAAACGAGCUCCCGAAGCAUUACCAAUUCGAUUAUUCACUUUUGAUAUUAAAUUACAUUCAUAUUAUUUAUGGUAUUUUUCGUUUAUGAUUUCUUAGUAACAAAAUUUACAGGAAGAAUAAGGAAGGCGUGGAAAAACUUUCUAUUUUUGUCAUUAUAUUCUCUUCUAAAUUAUUUAUUUAUUUCCGAAAUAUAUAAAUAACGUGACUUCACAUACGAAUUCAACUAAACUUAGCAUGUAUAUUUCUUUUCCAAAUAUUUAAUUCGAACGUCAACAACAACAAUUAUAUACAUAAACAUUUCCAUUUCCCUGUUUAGUUUUUAAUUUACUCCUAAUUAUUUUUCAAGUUUGAUAGGUAAUCUAUUUGACGACAUUUUUCAUUCUCCAGCUAUUUAAAAUUUAAUUUCAAGGAUAAUAAAUACAGAAUGCGAUCGAAUAACAUAUAUAAUCAGGCACGAGGUGAUUCCUUAUCAUAAAAUAAGAACAAAAUAUGCAAUAAAAUUGUUUAAUUUAAGAUAUAGUUUACGAGAAGAUCGAGUUUGAAAAUUUAUCAAGUAUACUUGAACAUGAUUAAUUCCGGACUCGAUAGGACUAAAUAAUCAACAGGAGAUCAUUCUACGUAUGAAAAUAAGUCGAAAAUGCAGAAUAAUAUUUUUUCUCAAGACGCUUUGUUUCUAAGGAAAAUAAAUUUAAAGAUUUAUCAUACGCGUGCACUAGGUCGAUUCUUAACUAAAUAUAUUCGAAUUUUAUUUUCUGGAAAAUGAAGUCCCGAACGCAAGAAUUUUAUUAUUUAUUUAUAUAUUAUAUAUAUUACUAAUUUUCGACUUACACUUAUGUAUAAUUUAUAAAUAUACUUGAUAAAUUUUCAAACUCGAUUUUCUUUUAAAAUAUGCCUUAAAUGAAUAAAAUUUUAUUGCAUAGUUUGUUCUCACUUUCUCAUAAGGAAUCACCUCGUGCUCGCUUGUACAUGUUAUUCGACCGCAUCCUGUAUAAUAAGACAAGGAAAAACAUAGAAGUUCUUUUCAAAAAACUAACGAUUUGAUCGAAACUAAAAUUUCUUUUUUACUUCAGGACUUUCCCACCUUUCCUCUUUCCCUAUACAGGAAUCGAAUAAUUCGGAUAGAUUCAGGGGCCCGUGGAAAAAUCUCAUCCCAUGUCACGGCUGAAUCAGACGAAUGAGCAUGAUUCGUCCGGCCCAGAAUAGAAAGGCGCGCGCGUAGGCGUUCAUUCUUCUUCGUGAAUGGACACAGUGCAGCCUUUCGUGUUUCACGGGUCCGCGAGUCUGCGUUUUAUGUGGUCAUUAGACCAAAGUAAGGUCGAGACCCCAGGACCCAGUUGUUCUUUCGCGAGAGACCGUAUCUGAACUUUCCCUUCGUCCACCAUUCACCACUUUGAUAACGUACAAUUAAAGUUACGAUUACAAUGAAUUCGUGUUCCCACGAACUUUCUAUACGACGAGUGCGUCAGACCGAUGAAAUAUAAACCGCUCAGGAAAAGAGUUUCACAUUGAUCAACUCCACAAAUUCGAAAAAGAUCAGACAACGGUGCAAACGUUAUUCUUUAAGAUUCACGUUUUCAAUACCAUUGUGAAUCGGAUUUUUGAAAGGCGUUGCUUGCGAUUACAGUUCACACGAAGAUGCACGUAGUAUUUCGCUUUCGGCUGCAUCUUAGCGAGGGAGGAGGAGGAGGAAACGGAGGAAAAGAGUGGGUUUGUAAGCGUUUGAACGAGACGCUGCAGCGAGACGAGAGAGUAAGGAGAGGCGUUUUAACGAACAAGGCGUAUGUAGAGCAGAGAAUGCGCGUAUUAAUCUUCUAGUUUGUAGAAAGCGCGCGUCACUUUUAAUUGCCGCUCGAUGCGCCAAGUGGCAAUUAGAAAUGCGCAACGUGGCGGGAAUGCGGGACGUUUGUAUUUUCACGCCGAACUAUUCAUUCACCGAUUACUAGAAUCACGAUAUUAUUGAUUCCUUAAUCGCCGUAUUUCAAUAUACGUUGGAUCGAUGUAUUUCCUAUCAAAUUUAAGUACCAUUCAUUUAUUUUGAUUGCCACUAUGUAAUUGUAUAACAAAUCUCUGUAACUUUGUCCAUGAUUAUCGUAAUUAUCGUUUCACAAGCUUUAAAAAUUUGUUUUCGAACAGGCAAGUAGACUGUUCGUAGUUAAAUACUUAAAUAAAUGUUUCAGAAACUUUUUUAUUCGUUGGAAAUUCAUGUUCUCAUAGGUGAUGUUACAAUUAGUGUGAUAAAUGAUCUUCCGUUGUUAUAAAGGAUUAAACGCAUCAUUAAAGAGAAGAACGAUUGCAUGGGUAAUUAUUAAUGUAUUUAGUAAAAGGACAUUGAAUGUGAACAAGUCUCUUAAACCGAGCGUGACAUCCCAUUAAAGAAAUUAGCUGUUCUCUUUCUCUUUGCUAGAGGCAUCGUGGUAUUUCCGUUUCAAGAGAUCGCGUGGGAGGACCAAGAAUGACGUUUCGUCGUCCAAGAACACGGAUGUAAUACGCGUUGGCCUCCCUUGGUCGUUUAAUCGUCACCUUAACCGGAAUCUAAAAAUGGAUCGCCGGAUCACAGCGUUGACCACGUGCAUCCGAUUAUUAUAUAUACGACUUAUAUAUGUCUCGAUCAGCGAUUGGAAAUUGUUUGACCGACUAUAUUGUCGUUAAUAACGAUAUUAAUGUCUAAUAUAUAUAUAUAUAUUAAUAUUAUAUAUAUAUAUAUAUAUAUAUAAUAAUUAGACUAUGCAAUUAUUUUUAUGCAUUUAUUUAAAGGGAAAUUUAAAGAUGAAAAAAUGCGCAGGGUUAUAAAGUAGAGUUCUCAUCGUGAUAUUAGGUGAAAUAAACUUUUGUCUAGAUUCUGUUGUUUCAAUCGUGUUUGACAAAAAUACGACUUUGCAUAAAUAUCUGCAAUCUAGCGGUCGUAUUUGUCUGCCACUGUUAAAAUUUUACUCUAAAUCAUGAUGUAUUUUUGUAUUCAUGAUUAUGUGUACAUAUAUAAUGUACAAUUUACCUAUGUAAAAUAAAGUUGUGAUAAAAUGAGUUGCUACAUUUUUCCAUAAAGAAUAAUUAUGCGCUAACGCGACUUUAACUUGGUACAAAAUUAUUUGGACACAAUUUACACGAUUUGCGAAUUUCGAGCAUUAGUGAAAUAAAGCCAGAAGUAACGAUGAUGUACUUAACAAGCGUAUUAAUUGCAGAGAUAAUAACUGUGUGUUGGUAAAACGUUGAAUAAAUUGACAGAUCGUUUCAUUAUUACAAAUAUUGAAUAUUAUCGUAAUAUUAUCAAGACAAACAGUUAGUUAACUACUUAAACACUUCUACCAACAAACAUUGCGAUGAAUCCGCCGGAAAGUCGUCUGUUAAUAAUAGUGACAUAAAUUAUGCAACGAUCACAAUUUAGGUAAAUUAUUUCACUCGUUAUUGUUUGUGCAACAUUCCGAAUGUCAUCAUUCUUCCGAAGGAUUUCCAUGAAAACAAUUUAUUCAAUUGUCAGACGCUCUGAAUAGGUACAGAAAACAAAUACUAGUAACGCAGAUUGAUACUUCUUUCCGCAAUGGAAUAUUUCAAAUCGAUCAAUUAUACGCGUAAAACCUAAGCGUAACAGUGAUUCUACGAAGAUAUAUCAAUAACGUUGCGUAGUAUACAAAUGAAUAAUUUCUUGUGAUCGAAUGAAAUCUUAGUUACGAAGGAUUAAUAAUACAAAUGUCUUAAAAAUGUUAAUUACUUAAAUAUUACCAUUAUUCAGUAGAUAUCAACAAUUUCAUUUCAACGUGCAAUCAUCUACAAAAGAAUUUAUUUCUUUUAUUAAAUCCUUUUGUGAUCUCUGCUAACUAUAUAUCUACUUGCAUUAAAUAUCUUGUGAUUCCUAUAUACAUUUUCGGAUUUAUUUCAAACAUUGCCAAAAUAAUUAUGAUAGUUGAGACUCAUAAUAUUAAUGAAAUUUCAAAAUAUUUCGCAUAACAUAUACAAUAUACACGUAAAAAAUAUUUACAAGCGUUCAAAUACUUUCACGAAUAUAUAAGAACGGUUAACGUUAUUCUAUAUCGAUUUGUUUGGGACGUGGUCCAUAGUAGAAGGAUGCUGACCUCCCUGAAACGAUAGGUCGGGCUCGAUUAUGCCAGUCUUCUCCGAUAACGGCACCGGCCAUUGGUCUCUCAGCUCUGAUUUCGUCGUCUCUUCCCUUUCGACAGAGACACUGUGUCGUUGGGAUUCGCUUUUAGCGAGCCCGUAUAUAGCGUCGUGAUCGUACACCGGAUCAUUCGAUCGGCGAACGAGGCCUGGUGACCUUUGAUAGUGCGAUUAAGGAUCGCGAUCGAUCGACUGCUACUUGUUUUUCUUUCGCGACGCGGCCGCUACUUGUAAACAAGCCAAAGAAUAUUUCAAUGCUCGUAGAUAGACGAAACGAGAAUACCGAGUCUUCGUCGCUUUUAUUCUAAACUUCGAUGUGUCGUCGAGACGAUUUAUGAUAUCGAGCGUAAUUUUUUGAUACAGUGUGUUCGCGUUCCAUGGUAUCUCGAAUGGGAGUUUGAUUUCCGAUAGAAAAAUUGGAUGGUUGAACUUGGAGGAGAUUGAAUAAAGAUUGAAUUUGUGGAGAAGUACUUAAAAUGUCGGCGGCACGAACUGAAUUUAAACGAAUAAUCUCAACGCUAAAAAAGGUAGAACGCUUAUUAAGAGGCAAGAACUUUCCGCAGACGCGAGGAGACUUUUUCACGGACAAUGGGAACAAUGAGGAACAAUUUCGCGGCAGUCUUUGUGCUCCACAUCCUGAUGCACUCGACGAGUCAAUCCCUUUCGCUACGCGGCACAAACGGAAAUUCCUUCAAGAGAAACAGUCUGCCCGGCGCUUUAACCCUCGAACAGCGAUCUACAUCCUCCACAAUCUACGAAUGCCUGUUCGUUGAUCCCGAUCUACCAGCUUGCGACGUUAAAUGGAUGCUAAAUUCGACCGAGGAUCCAACGAGUAGUCGAAAUUCUUUCAACAAAGAUACAACGCAACGCUCGAGAAGAAACGUCGAUAUUCCAUCCACGAUGGACGUCGUAGUUUAUACUAUCGAGGGCUGUUUACCACCUAGGAUACCCUUUUCAAUGCCUUCCUGCGAGGGAAUUUCCCUGGACAGAAUCGUAGAUGUACAGAAAUUCCGUCCCUUCACCGUGAAAGGAGUGACAAAGCCACCGUUCGUGUUUCCGAAAUUCAAUUAUUCUCGAUGGCUGAGCAUGAUGACGCGGUUGCGGAAUCAUGUUUCGUCUAAAACACGAAACGAAAAACGCGUUUUCAAGGAAGCUUUCUUGGAAUCGAUUCAGGAUCGUAUGGAAGGGCUGAUGACCGCGGCCACGACGAAGGCAACGACACCAAUCGCAAUUGCGGCCAAUAUAAGCCAUACAAACGGGUCGUCACCGAACACGUUCAUUCCCAGCAAUGCUAAUUCCACCGAAUCGAUCGUUCAGCCACGAAGAACACUCGAGAACACGUCACAGACGUCGUCUUUUGCAAGUGUAGACAAUCCUCCAAUCCUGCAAUUCCAUGACAAAAUAAACUCAAUGAAAUUAUUGUCUAAAGAAUUCCACGAUCAUUCGAAGGUCAAUGCUGCUGAUCAAAGACUACACGCAAUUCCGGAAACUCCAGCAAUUCCGGCAAUUUCGAACGAUAAGCUAGUAUACGAACGCGAGACGAUGGAGGAACCUGCGAAUGAAAUUUUGAAUUAUGACAAUUCCAAGAAAUUCCAAGAAUUGAUCUCUAACGCGCGGACGACCAGAGAUAAUAGCGGAAUUGUUCACGAUUUUCCAGUCACGAAGAAGAUUUUCGGAGCAUUCAGAAGAAAGAGAGAGAUAAUGAUAUCAGCUUCGGCGCAGGAAAUUACCGAUGGAACAGAAACUCGUGGAAUUGCCGGUCAAACGAUCGUACAAAAAUUAAGGCAUAAUGGAGAAAAUUUGAGUUCGAUGACGAACCAGUUUGCUGCUUCUAAAAGCCAAAAGAAGCAGUUUAAAAGCUUAAAUGUUAUCGACGACGAAAUUAAUACUAGCGAAGACGUUUCGAAUAUAGUAAUUCCAAGUUACAGUAAAGAAUCUAACGUUGCAUCUGUAAAUAACGAUUUUUAUGGUAGGACCGAUAGCUCGAAAUCGACAUGGCAGAAAACCGUGUCGCCAGAAACAGCGUCGAGAAUGAAGUAUCGAAAUCGCGUGGAAUUGUCGUCGUUUAGAAGACAGUAGUAUGCAAUAAGAAAACGUUUCGAUCGAAAGACUAGGUUAAAACGAUACAUUGAGGGAAGAACGUAGAGGUAAGAAGAGAUUAUGAUAAUUCCAAGUAGACUACGGAACUGUGCACGAUCAAACUGUCAAGUAGGAACUUAUUUUUCGAAGAACAAUAUUAACGUUAUCAAUCGGCAACAAUGUUCUCUGGUUCUUCGAUAAAGGAUUAAGAAAUCGCGAAUGAUCGAGGAAUCGUAAAACGAAACGACUUUGAACGAUAUUGAGUUGAAUUCGCCAGAAUUCCGACAAAAGUUUCCUUUACUUUUUAUUUUCGUAAGCGUUUUUCGCAUUAAGAAGAUGAGAAAUGAGACUUCGAUGCAUGCACCUGUAAUUUCUACCAUAAAUUCGAUAAGUGUGACGAUUAAAAUUGUGGAGAUUCAGCUUUACAUCUCUUUAUUCUAUCGAGACCUCGAAUGGUCGCGUGGUGAUUAACGCUUUGCCAAUUGGGGUUUUUACGGCUCGAAGAAUUCGAAUAUUUGCGCGGCAAAUAAUCUGUAAAUUAAUCGUCUAACAUGGUUUUUAUAAGAAAUUUAGGCGGAACACCAAUAUUGGAAUAUUCUCACCUUAUAUAUCAAACUUUCACGGGAACAAUACGGUAUACACAAUAUGAUGUAUUAAAACCAGAAAUAAUGCCCUCGUUAAUAAUGAUUAUAGUAGGUCCAACAACAUAGUGAAGUUGUAAAAUUGCGUUAAUAUGAUAUAACAUAUUCUGCUAACGUGAUAGAAUAUUUUGAUUAUCCACAUGGCAUUUUAAACAAUUUUACGCGAAAUAGGAAACCGCCAUCGAUCGUUACAGAAUUAGUCAACAGUAACAUAAUUUUUAAUACAUACAAUUUACAACCGCAGCAUAUCGUUGAACGUGCUUAUACUUCGCUGUACGAUUGGCAAAGCGUUGAAUGUCACAAACAACGACGCGAUAUCAAGAGGGAAAAUCACAAAAUAAAUCGUAGAUCGUAAAAAUCGCCCAAGUCACCUCCUCGAGAAAGCUUCACCGUGACGGAAGCAAUAGGGUAAAUAUUCGCCAAAGGAAUCCGUUGUCCUCGAUCCUGCUUGAAAUUUGGAACGAAAUUUGUCAACGAAGACGAGCUGACAGAUUGAAAAGCGGUAGGGUUAAAGCCAGACUCGUGGAUACCGACGUUCUUUUAUCUUUUUUCUUCUCCUUCUCACAAUUUUCCUCUUUCCUCUCCUUUCUUCUUCUCUUCGUCCAUUCUCCAAUCCUGUUUAUGCAUAGAAAAACGUCUCGACUCGAUCCCUUGUUCCGAUAAAUCGCGCCAGUUUUCACCGCGGAAGGCAUGAGAAUAUAUUUCCUCCCCCUCGAAUUUCACCUCGUAUCCCGCGAAUACGAAUGGUAAUUACUAGACUGCGAAUUUUUAUGUAUGCGCAGGAAAUUUCAAAGUAUAAAAUUGAACAGAAUCCGCGUGAUAUGCAAAAAUAUACAAAACAAAUAAAAAACAUAUAUGGAUAAAAAAUAUAUAGAUAUUCAAAAUAGUAUAAUACUUGGUACGAUGUUGAUAGAGACUAUAAAAGUAUUUAUUAGACCACUUUUAUACGUACUAGUUGAUUAGAUCCAAAUGUAACAAAUUCCGUAUCAUUUAAUAGUACAUUCGUAUAAUUACGAAAAUUUGGUAAUAUGCAAAUGAAACGUAAAACCUGUUGAAAAAAAUGCCUCGUCGGAAAAUAAGCUAGCGUAGAAAUAAUUUUUGCAAACAUUUUUGCAAGCAUGAACCAAAGUUCUACAUUGGUUAGUUUAGUCACGUUCAUAAAAAUAUAAAUUUCCAUAAGGAUCUGCAUUCUUCGAUAGCAAUUACCUUCGAUCGCAUCCUUUCAUCGAUCGUGAUCGGUCGGUAUCCAUACUGUGCAUUUAUUGGUGUCAUUCAUAAAUCUCGACUCGAAUUAGGUACACGUAUUUCGUCUUCGUUGAUCUCAGGAGACAAAGAAACGGACAAAGAAGCGGACGUGGAACGUAGGUUAGAUUACGCGCGAUGACUUCGUUAAUCGAAUUUCUGAGUUCGAGAGUUUUUAAGCUUCAUUUUGAUGUUAAGAGCAGUAGGAUGACAUUUAUGUGAAAAUGUUGGACAAAUCUAGAAUUUCUCGUUCGGAUAGAUAGAUAUAAUUGGUAAAAGAAAUUGAUGCAAAUCGGAUACUAACUAAAAGUUCGUUCGAAUAAAUGGAGUUCUACUGUAUGAUAUUAAUAGUACAUAUAUAAUGUGAUAUGUAAACUAAGACGACAAAGUGAUAACGUAUAGAGGGAUAAUUGUUAAGCGACUGUCUAUCGACUAGGAGUAGGCAUAGCGUAAUUUUUAACUUAACGCGGUAUCGCAAGUUUCGACAUUGCGAUUUUAUUUACUGCUGUAUGUAACGUAAGGCGGCUUGAAUAAAGCGUGUUACAGAAUAAAUGACGUUUGACUUUUGUUUAAUA